ACAAAGCUCUCUGCUUAUUUUCACUGUCUUUUGAAACCUCCUUUAAUUUUAACUUAAAUUAUUAGGUUUUUGAUAGUUAAUUUGGCAUCUUCAUCCUCAAGCCUAGGUAAUUAUCAAAUCCUUCCAUAAACUCAACCUUCUCCAUUGUUAGAAUUAUGAAUGUUUCGUUGAGAUAAAUGUAAUAGUUAUUUGGUUGAUUAAAUUAAGUAUUUUUAUAUUAUUAAUUUGGUAUUCUAUGCUUUUUGGUGGAUUACAUUUAGUUUGUUAUGUUAAAUCCAUAUAUAUGAAGAAAAUUUAGAUAAAAGAAUUACAUACGUAUCCGUAUGUUAGUUUCUAGAAAUGAUGUAUCCUUAUAUGCCUGUGCUUCAUAGCUUUUCUCCCAUUAGGAAGCAAAAGGGAAAUUUCAAUAGUUGCAAAAAGUUAUGUCCAUUCUUGGGGAUAAGAAUUUCGACCAUUAUAUGAUCAAACUGGCUGUAUUGGUGAUCCCAUAGGUAGCUAAAGGUGAAAAGCUGUUUGUCAGUCAAGAUAUAGAAAUUGAGCCAAAACAAUAUUUCAAAUAAGAUAUUUGGGUUCAUUAAUUCGAGCAUUGCUAGUUCGAUGAUACAGAAAUUGAUCAAGGGAUCAAGAUUGCUUGUUUUUCACCAAAAUGUCUGUUUAAUACAUUUCCAAUUGCUUAGCACUCUCAGUCCGAACAAAUCUGACUAUAUGAAUCGUCAUAAACAACGUCAAAAGCUCCGUGAACACAUUCCUUUUGUCACUGAUGUUAAAGAGGUAAAGGACCCAUCUGAGGCAUUGGCUCUCUUUGAGGAUUACCAUGAAAAGGGCUUCAAACACCACUAUCCUUCCUACUCAGCUCUCCUUUACAAGUUGGCUCGUUCUCGUAGAUUUGAAGUUGUCGAGACAAUUCUUGGUCAUUUACAAAAUAGGAAUAUUCGCUGCAGUGAGACCCUUUUCGUCGCUUUGAUUCAACAUUAUGGGAAAGCCCAUUUGGUUGAGAAAGGCAUUGAGCUUUUCCACCGAAUGCCUUCCUUUAAUUGCAUUCGUACUCUGCAGUCCUUUAAUGUAUUGCUUAAUACACUAGUUGACUGUGACCAAUUUUCUAAAGCAAGUGAAAUCUUCCAGCAGGCUUAUGAAAUGGGUUUCCGUCCUAAUUCAGUGUCCUAUAAUAUAAUGAUCAAGGGUUGGAUCAAGAAGGGUGGAUGGGAACAAGCAUGUAACUUGUUCAACGAAAUGCUUGAGAAGAGAGUUCAACCUAGUGUAGUAACAUACAAUAGUUUUUUAGGAGUUUUAUGUAGAAACGGUGAAAUGGACACAGCACUGUCUUUAUUUGGAAACAUGACUCAGAAAGGACAUCAUCCAAAUGCUGUUACUUAUGCCUUGUUAAUGGAAGGAUGGUGCUACAUAUGUAAAUACAAGGAAGCCAAGAAGUUGAUGUUUGAUAUGGAGUUUCGUGGUUGUAAACCACGGCCUGUGAACUACGGUGUUUUAAUGACACAUCUCGGAAAGACAGGGAACAUCGACGAGAUGGAAUCUUUACUCAAUGAGAUGAAGAAAAGACGGAUGAAGCCCGAUGUUGUGAUGUAUAAUAUUCUUGUAAAUUACAUGUGCAAGGAAGGAAGGAUUGGGGAUGCUUAUAAGGUUUUGGUUAAAAUGCAAGUUGGUGGUUGUGAUCCUAAUGCAGCAACUUAUAGAAUGAUGAUUGAUGGAUUUUGUAAUGCAGGGGACUUUGAUGGGGCUAUGAAGAUUUUGAAUGCAAUGUUGACGAGUGGGCAUUGUCCUCAUUUGAAAACUUUUGUUUUUUUAGUUGUUGGUCUUUUGAAAGGUGAAAACAAUGAUUAUGUUUGCUUUGUAUUGGAGGAAAUGGAAAAAAGACAGCUGAGGUUUGAUGCUGAAACUUGGAGAAUUUUGAUUAUGGAUGCUUGUGGUCAACAUGUUGAAAUAGGCAACCACAUAAAUGACUUGAUUUCCUAAAUGGUGACACAUUUUUUGCUUACAUCGGGUUGAAAUACACACCACUGGGCAGUGCUAAGUGGGCAAUGAGGCUUUACAAGAUGAAAAUGAAGUUCAAUCUGUUUUUAUGCUGAAAAUUAAUGAGAGGUCAUUCCAAUCAAUCAUGAGAUAAUCAUUAUGCCACAAGGACCAUUGACAAGAGCUAAAGCUAAAAGACUUCGAGAAGAACAUCCAUGGUAAAGCAUUGCAACUUAAGUUCCAUGAGACACUUGGUUCAUCCAAGAGAUGUAAUGAAUCCGAAAAUUCAUAUUCGUCGACAUUAUUAAUGCAUUAUGUACCUAUUUAUUUAUUUUAAGGAAAGAAGUAUUUAUUUCAUGUAUUUACAUUUAUGAAAGUUCAUGUAAGUAGUUAAAUGGGUGUUGGAUCUAUUUAGACUAUAUAGGUGAAAGGUUGUGUCCUUUUACAUAAAUCUUUCCUUUAGUAAAAAUAGUGUUGUAAUUUGAAUGAUUAUUCCUCCUA